CUGUGUACACCUUCCAGGAAGCGCCCUGCCUUAUCGUUGGUUUGUUUCCGGAAACGGGGCCCCAGGAAGGUGGGAUUUAAGGCUGGGAGCCUCCAGCGGCAGUUGUCAAUUGGUCAGAGAAGGAGAUUGAGGAAUUCAUUGACUAAUGGAAAGAAUCGACUGCUGAAAGGCCCACCCACAGGGGGAGAAGGGAAGUGGUAGCGGCAGCAGUCACUACUGGACAGUGCUGGGGCCGGAAGGCUAUCCGUAGUUGGAGCUUAGCUUUGACCUCUCCCGCCCGCCUCCGGACCCUAGCCUCUUUGGGGCUUUUUCGAGCUAGAUAGCUAGACUCCGGACCAAACCAUGUUCCCGGUGAAGGUGAAAGUGGAAAAAUCAGAGUUGGAGAUGGCCAAAGCACGGAACCAACUGGAUGCUGUUUUGCAGUGUCUUCUGGAGAAGAGUCACAUGGACAGGGAGCGCCUGGAUGAGGAAGCUGGGAAAACUCCCUCUGAUACCCACAACAAGGAUUGCUCCAUUGCAGCCACUGGCAAAAGGCCAUCUGCCCGCUUCCCCCACCAGCGGAGGAAGAAGAGGCGGGAGAUGGAUGAUGGGCUGGCUGAGGGAGGGCCUCAGCGAUCCAACACAUAUGUGAUCAAACUGUUUGACCGGAGUGUGGACUUGGCCCAGUUCAGCGAGAACACACCACUGUACCCAAUCUGCCGAGCUUGGAUGCGCAAUAGCCCCUCAGUGCGUGAGCAUGAACGCUCACCCAGCUCACCACUGCCCUCACUGCCUGAGGAUGAGGAGGGUUCUGAGGUCACCAACAAUAAGAGUCGUGAUGUGUACAAGCUGCCUCCACCUACAGCCCCUGGGCCACCUGGAGAUGCCUGCAGAUCCCGCAUUCCAUCCCCACUGCAACCUGAGACCCAGGGCACCCCGGACGAUGAGCCCUCAGAGCCAGAACCUUCACCCUCCAUACUCAUUUAUCGAAACAUGCAGCGCUGGAAACGCAUUCGCCAGAGGUGGAAGGAGGCAUCUCAUCGGAACCAGCUUCGCUAUUCAGAAAGCAUGAAGAUUCUCCGGGAGAUGUACGAUCGACAGUGAUAUAUUCCCAGGCCCCCACCCCAAUAAACAUCCCCCAGCCCCAUA